AUGGCUUUCGAGUUAUAUGAGUUCGAUGUAACGAGGUUCGAGUGUACAACAGCCAGUCCAAGUGUCAUUAUGGGACUCAGCAUUUUUGGCCCAGCUAUAGCAUUUGGACUCGGAGGUUUUUUUACCAAAAUCUACAUCACACUUGAAGACGUUAACAUCAGUCCGCGCGACCCCCGCUGGGUUGGGGCUUGGUGGCUCGGCUUCCUUUUGUUUGGAUUUCUCGCCAUCUUGGCGGGUAUUCCAGUUUUCUGUUUCCCGCGCAGGUUCAAACCGAAACCAGCUGAUCAUUCUGACGGGAAAUCAGGACUUCUUGAAAAUGUGAAAGAUAUCAUUAAAGGCCUAUGGCUGCUGGUGACGAACCGACUGUACAUGCUAGUGGUGGUGGCAAACUGUCUGAUAUUGUUUUAUGUCGGAGGUGUCUUGGCCUUCUUACCGAAGUACAUGGAAACACAGUUCCAGAUUCCGGCUUGGUUCGCAAACAUAGUGAUGGGUAUUAUCGGUGUGCUCGCUGCGUCACUGGGGAGUUUCCUGGGCGGAUGCAUCAUUUCCAAACUCAAAAUGACCCCAGUCGGAUGUGCCAAACUUAUCUUCGGAAUUUCUGCUUUCUCUGUCUUGAUUCCUAUUGCCGGAUAUUUCUUCGGUUGUAACAACCCGGAGAUCGUAGGAUUCGACGUAAAGAUUUACAAUGUUCAGAAUUGUACAGAAAGUUGCCUGUGUGAUGACACCGAUUAUUUCCCAGUUUGUGGAUCAGACGGAAGGAACUACUUUUCGCCUUGUCACGCCGGGUGUACGGAUCAACAAGGCCAGAUGUUUGAGGGAUGUUCCUGCGUGGGUGUAAAUGGAACAGCCAAUCCAGGUCUAUGUGAUACAGACUGUAAGAUGUUAGCACCAUACAUGGCACUCGCCUGCUUUGGUGGCCUCGUGGCAACAAUGGCAGGAAUGCCGAGCAUCAUAUUCAGCAUCAGGUGCGUCACGGAUAAACAGAAGUCGUUAGCAGUUGGGUUGUCAACAUUUCUUCAAACACUUCUCGGUUGGUUUCCUGGACCGAUAGUUAUGGGAAUGGUUACUGAUACUUCCUGUUUGACCUGGAGCUCUUCCUGUCGCGGUAAAGGAGCAUGUUCCAUGUACGAUAUUGAAGAUUUCCGGUUAAAGCGUCACGUGAUCGAACUUGUUGUGAAGGUAGUUGUGCUGAUCAUGCACCUAGCUAUGUACGUCAUUGCAAAGCGUACCGACUGGAGCCAAUAUGAAGAGGAAACGAUUACUCCAAAACCGGAAGCGGAAAUGCUGAUGAUUACUCAUGGGAAAUCGAAAUCCGAUUGGACAGAAUACAAAGAUCCGAUUAUUAAAAAGACAUGA